AUGAACAAUUAUUUCCAACGAAAGCCCGAUGCAGAAAAUGAAUAUUUUCGUUUAUCCGUCAAAUUGACGGGUACUCGUAGAGAUAGAUGCUGUUGGCGUCAAUUUCGAGAGGAAAAUUUUUCAUUGAAAAACGAAAGUAGUCGAGGCUGUGUGUCCAGUUUUGAUCAGAAAUCACUUCAGACUCUUUUGGUUAAAAAUUCUCCAAUAACGCAACAAGAGCUCGCGACAGCUUUAAAGUGUUCGCAAAAAAUUAUUUGCAAUCAAUUGGGUUCACUUGAUAAGGUUCAAAAGUUUGGAAAUUCGCUCCUCUCUCGUCAAAACCGAUUGCCGUUUUUAGAGCAAAUUGUUACCGGAGAUGAAAAAUGGAUGCUUUAUGUUAAUCUGAAGAGACGGCCACAAUGGUUAGAUAAAAGCGAAGUGCCGCAGCCCACGCCGAAACCUGAUUUGCAUGCGAAGAAGGUGAUGUUGUGUGUUUGGUGGAAUUUUAAAGGAAUUCUUCAUUAUGAACUCUUACCAAUCAAUCAAACCAUUACAAGUGUGAAAAAUAGUGCACAAUUGGAAAGGUUAGAGCGAGCUUUGAGAGAAAAAGAACCCGCGCUGAUUAAUCGGAAGGGCAUAAUUCUUCAUCACGAUAACGCACUACCGCAUAUUGCAAGAAUCAUGGCGGAAAAACUACGCCAGUUGGGAUGGGAAGUUCUCCCACAACCUGCAUUUUCUCCAGAUAUUGCCCCAUCCGAUUAUCAUUUGUUUCGUUCCUUGCAAAAUUUUCUUCUUGGAAAACAUUUCAAUAAUGAAGAGUGCCUCAAAAACGCCUUGACCGAAUUUUUUAAAUCAAAAUCACAGGAAUUUUACAAUAGAGGGAUUAAGAGCGUUGAGCACAAGUAG